GCCUUCUCGAGCUUCGCAUACGAGAGGCUCAUGUCCGUCCUCCGUGCCUCAUGACACAUGGGCGACCGUGUAUAUUCUGCUAAAACCAGCUCGCAAUGCCCAAAGCACGAAAAAACAAACGCAAGACUCCGGUGACCGUCGCCGGACCUUCCGACCGACCUUCGCUGCCUUCUGGUUCCUCCAGUCGCCCGCAGGCCACCAGGACCAUCAUCCGCCGCUUCCACGUUCUUAUCAAAAGGCAGACCCAGCUGCAAAACGUCAUCCAGGCUAGAAGCCGUAAUGCGGCUACCGCACAAACGGAACUCGCUUCCGUCGAGCGCGAGAUCGAGGAGCUCGGAGGGCUCGAGGCGUACCAGCGCAUGUCCUCCAUCGGCCAGAGUAGCGACAGGGGCGGCGGCAGCGAAAGCAUUUUUAUCGCAUGGCUACGCGAGUUGGAUAUUAUUUGGACCAUGAAAGAAAAGAACGCUCGAUUACGACUCCUCGAAGUCGGUGCACUGAAGCCAGACAACUACGCUUCCUGCGCCGCAUGGGUUGACGUCACCCCCAUCGACCUACACUCCCGGCACCCGUCGAUCCAAGAGCAGAACUUCUUGCUCAUGGACCCCGUGGAGCACCGUGAAUGCUGGGACGCCAUCAGUCUCAGUCUUGUGCUCAAUUUCGUACCAGACGCUAAGGACAGAGGACGGAUGUUGCAUUUGGCCCACACGAUGCUCGCGUCAGAAGGCCUGCUAUUUGUCGCGCUCCCGUUGCCGUGCAUCCUCAAUUCACGCUACCUCACCCCAGAACACUUCCAAGGCCUCAUGACGGCCAUAGGGUUUGAGCAAGUCCGCACCCGCUGGAGGGAGGGCGGCAAAAUGGCAUAUUGGCUUUUUCGGAAAACAUCUGCCCCGGCUUCAACGACUUACCAGGACCAUCUACUAUACCAGAAAAAGACCGUCUUCCGACAGGGCGACAGAAAUAACUUUGUCAUAUUACUCUGAACCUCUCAAC